UGAUCUGAAUGUUAACCUAUGUAUUUUCCACUCAGCUACUCGAGAUUCUUACGAUUCUUGCAAUUAUCGGUGAGUCCUCAUGGGCUGCCUUGCCUGGCUCAUACUGCAAGGAGAUGGGAUCAAGCACGUACCGACCACACAGUGUCAGUGUAACAGAGUUUGGUGCCGUAGGUGAUGGCAUCACGCUAAAUACCAAAGCAUUUCAGAAUGCUAUCUUUUAUCUCCAUUCUUUCGCUGAUAAGGGUGGGGCGCAGCUCUUUGUGCCUGCUGGAAAGUGGCUGACGGGGAGUUUUAGUCUCAUAAGCCAUCUCACUUUAUCGCUGGACAAGGAUGCAGUAAUAAUUGGAUCCAUGGAUUCUUCUGAUUGGCCAGUCAUUGAUCCAUUGCCUUCAUAUGGCCGAGGCAGGGAGCUGCCUGGUGGAAGGCAUCAAAGCCUUAUACAUGGUUCCAACUUGACAGACGUAAUAAUAACAGGUGGCAAUGGGACUGUUGAUGGCCAAGGCUGUGUUUGGUGGGAGUGGUUUAACAACCACACUCUGAACUAUACUCGACCGCAUCUCAUAGAACUGAUGUACUCAAAAGGAGUGGUUAUCUCAAAUCUUACUUUCAUCAACUCACCGUUUUGGGCCAUCCACCCUGUAUAUUGCAGCCAAGUGCUCGUCCAGAAUGUCACAAUUCUUGCUCCACCUGAUUCACCAAACACAGAUGGGAUCGAUCCCGCUGUCCAAAUAAAUCCAGAUUCAUCUGACAAUGUCUGCAUCGAAGAUUGUUACAUCAGCACCGGUGACGAUCUCAUUGUUAUCAAAAGUGGAUGGGAUGAAUAUGGCAUCUCCUUUGCUCGACCAAGCUCCAACAUCAGCAUCCGGCACAUUGUUGGCGAGGCCAAUUCAGGUGCAGGCAUUGCCUUAGGAAGCGAGAUGUCUGGCGGCAUAUCAAAUGUGCGGGCAGAGGACAUCUGUCUCUUCAACUCAUUGUAUGGCAUCAGGAUAAAAACGUCCCCAGGACGCGGUGGGUAUGUUCGGCACAUACACAUCUCCAAUGUCAUAAUGACCAAUGUCAAGACAGCGAUCGGGAUAACGGGACGGUAUGGUGAGCAUCCAGACGAGAACUACGAUCCAAAUGCACUUCCAGUUAUAGACAUGAUCACCAUCGAAGAUGUUUCGGGAACAGUUAUCAAGCAUGCUGGCACAUUAGAGGGAAUCAAGGGGGAUAACUUCAACAGCAUUUGCUUGUCCAAUGUCCACCUUAAUGUGACUUCAAAGCAUCCAUGGAAGUGUUCCUACAUCGAAGGCUUUUCGAACCUAGUCACUCCAGAAUUAUGUGAAUCACUCAGAAACCCCUACCAAUCAUCAGUUUGCUAUACUGCUAACCAUUUUGACUGCUGCAAUCUGGUCCAAGCUGCCUGAGAAGUGUGUUGGGAGAUCUGGCAUCACGCUAACCUUGUUCAGGCACUGCAUACAAGUAGAAAUAACUCCGAUACAUGCGCUUAUUUUGUUUAUCUGUUGACAUAUUGUGUUUAACUUCCAGCUGAGACUGGUAUUGCUUUCUUUUCUUGUCAUAAUAAGUUGCAAAGAGCAUGAAGUCUUCCUUUCCAGAGAGCAUGCUGCUCUUGCCUCCAUCCUUGCUAUAGAAUUCGAGUGAAUGAGUGAUGUAAAUUGGUGUCCUUUUUUUCAUUGUGAUUGCUUUUCUUUUCUUUUCU